AUGUCGUUGUCACGAAUUCCACUUACUCAAGUUUUCAGAGCAAAGUCAAACAGUACCAGUAGUACGAGCUCCACGCCAGAUCUAUCUUCUCUCUCACCAAGCGACCUCUCAAGCCCGUACGACGUAUUAGGAGAUCUCUAUCCAAAGGACAUCACUCCAAAAGACAUAACGCCAAUCGUUCGAAGAGGUACGACCGAUUCUUUCUCUCCAAAAAAACCCAAGAAACCCACGCUGGCUCGUCGAGGUACCGAUUCGGUUAUUCCAACGGACGAUAUUGUCCCACGAACCAUCCUUUCCCCCAAGAAAUCUUCUCCAAAACCAGUGCCAGCCGUGGUUAGAAACAACAUGUCACAAUCAAAUGGAGGUCCUCGGGCCGCGGGGAAUCGAAAUGCCAAAAUGCUCGAAUACGAAAGACAAGCGGAAGAACGAGCGAAAGAGCAAGCGCGAAUGGAAGAGGAACGCCAACGAAUGUCAACCGAGCAAAUGAACAUCGCACAAGAGCAAGAAAGGAUCGCCCAAGAACAAUACGAGAUGGAUCAAUAUUACGAGGCGGAAGCGUUGAGACAUGCAGAGGAGAUGAGGAUACAUCAGGAUGAGGUGCGCAGGCAUCAAGCUAGAGUAAGGGAACAUCAGAUGAGACUUCAAGAUCAUGAGGCUAGUUCUGAAGCCUUUGCUAGAGUGAUCGCCAUGCCCGCGAAACCGGGCAGAGAUAGAGAGGUUUCUUUCUUGGGACCUGCGAGGACGAAUUCGACUAAGAUGACGUCGAAUGGUGCGAAUGGGAAUGGAACUGCGCCAGCACAAUUUCCGGGGAUAUAA